UGUUGUAAUGGCGUUUAUUUUUAUUUCGACAUUGUCUAAAACGCGUUUUAUUUGUAAUAAUUUAUAGACAGAGAAUUUAUGGACAGAGAAAACCACAAUCCAUCGGAAUAAGCAUCGCAGUAUGUCAUGUAUAAAAGAGCUGCCGACUGUAAAAGUGAAGUGUGUUUUAGUGAUUUAGUGGCUCUGUUUGUCGAGGGAAAUGGACUGCCGUGAACUGAACUCAACGGAGAAAACCAGAGCCUCAAAGCUUCUCAAUGAAAUAAACGAGAUUUAUCAAGAUAUUAGAGAAGAGUCAAUACAACCAGAGACUACUGGUGGUUCGGUGGAGAACACAAUGAUUCUGCUUAAAGAGAAAUCAGAAAGAGGAGAUUCACAAGCCGCCUUCCUCCUGGGACAGUUACACUACGAGGAGGGCCGCUACGCAGAAGCAGAGAUCAUCUUUGAUGGCAUUAAAGAUGAAGAUCCUCGAGCUCUGUAUCAGCUGGCUGUCUUAUAUUACGAUGGCCUCGGAACCAAAGAAGACCUCAGCAAGGCAAUUGAGUACAUGAGAAAGGUUGCAUUCUGGGAUUCGUCUGAAGUGGGCUGUAUCAGAUACGCAGCGCUGUAUAACCUGGGCCGGUCGUAUCUGGAGGGUUUCGGCGUCGAGGCAUCCAGCGCUGAAGCAGAGCGGCUUUGGCUCCUGGCAGCUGAUGAUGGAAACCCGAACGCUAGUGUGAAAGCGCAGUCGUCUCUGGGCAUGUUUUACUGCAGACCGGAGACUCUGGACCUCAGAAAGGCGUUCUCGUGGCACUCGGAGGCGUGUGGUAACGGCAGUCUGGAGUCUCAGGGCGCUCUGGGCGUCAUGUAUCUGUACGGUCACGGCGUGCAGAAGGACCCCGAUGCUGCCCUGUUCUGCCUGAAGGAGGCGGCAGAGAGAGGAAACGUCUACGCUCAGGGUCACCUGACGGCCUGCUACUACCACAGGAAGCUCUACUCCAGAGCAGCCGCCCUGGGAGAGAGAGUGUGCGGAUACGAGGACAUCAGUGCCAUAGCGCGGCACACGGACUGUCUGGAGGAGUACAUCAGGAAGGGCAUCGCUAUAGCCAUGUUUUACUACGCACGCUGCCUUCAGCUGGGCCGAGGCGUCCUGAAGAACAGAGACAGAGUGAAGAGCUACUUCACACAAGCUGCCAGGAUCGAUCCAGAGAUCUGUAAGGAACUCAAAAUCAAUCACUCACACUACAUCAUCGCUGAAAUUGACGGAUAUACACAAAACCCCCCGGAAGAAAAGAAAAGAAAAGAAAAGAGAGAAAGAAAAGCAGAAGAUGACAGCUGGCAGUGGAUGUGGUCUGUUCCUCCAAUCUCACCAGAGAGAAACACAGCAACGGAUUAA